UAAGAUCAUAAACGGUACAACAUGAAGUUGUUAACAUUAGCAGGUCUACUAUUUCUGACUAAUUAUGCGACCUGUUUGGAAGUUCCCUCGCUUCCAAUUCCAUCUUCCAAUGAGUUCGUUCAACAACUUACAUCAUCUUUAUCAACUGAUCCUUUAUGGGAUCUUCUAAACCAGAUUCAAGAUCCAAUAAGUCAAUUGAUUCUUGACCCAUUAGCAACUGCCACCGGUAUCGAUGCAUUAGAAUUGUACACUCUCCCAAAAAUAGCAACAUUAACACCGUGUGAAUGGAUUGAAUUAUAUGGAUAUGAGUGCGAACAACAUUAUGUCAACUCUACCGAUGGAUUCAUUCUAAGUAUGCAAAGAAUUAAGGGUAGAUAUGGUAACUCUACUACUCUACGCUCUCAUCCAGUGAUCUUAAGUCACGGUCUAUUAACCAGCGGCAGAGAUUGGGUUCUGUCAGGAAAACCUAAGAGCGUCGCUUUUGAAAUGGCCGACAAUGAUAUUGAUGUUUGGAUGCCGUCAUAUCGCGGCACUGAUCUUUCAAACACACAUAUAAACCUUAAGCCCACAGAUCCUGGUUUUUAUAACUUUUCUUUUCAUGAGAUGGGUAUUUACGACUUACCUAGUAUUAUCGAGUAUGUCAAAUUGGAAAACGGAGCAGAUCAAGUCGUGCAUGUUGGUUUUUCACAGGGCAGUUCAGCUUUCUUCGUGAUGUUCUCUGAAAUGCCUGAAUUUACGAGUGCGAAUGUUAAAUUACACAUUGCACUUGCUCCUGGUGUGCAAACAUGUCAUUUAACCAACUCACUUAGUGUAAUUUUUGGUCUUGUAUUGGACUCGCAAACUGCAUUGACUACCUAUUAUGAAGCAACAGGUCAUGUAAACUUCUUGCAAUACACCGUUUGGCUGUUUGAAAAUUUAGCUGGUUUAUGUUACAACAUCAAAGAUACUGUACCAUUUUUAUGUCCGCUUGUAUUUGGCAUUCUGGUUGAUUACAACAAUAGAUUUGUGACUGAUCGUGGGACUUUACCACUCGUGGUUGCUAAAAGUCUCAAAGUAACAAGCUCCAAACAAAUAUUACAUUAUAAUCAAAAUAUGAAUCUUUGCGACUUUUACAGAUACCGUGGAAUACUUGGAAACCCAUUGGAAAUAUACAAUUUAACACAUCCAGUUGACACGAAACUGGUUGCUUUCACAAGUACGGAUGACCAUUUUGUGCUUACAAAAAUUUCACAAAUGAAAAUAAUGGCGUACGAAGACGACAUUCUCCAGCUCAUUCCGCACGAGGAGCUGCCAGAAUUAAGAGAUAUGUACAAAGACCACAUGCCGUUUGCGACCUACGUCUUCAGCUUCUUCAAUAUUGCGCUGAAAUGGUUGCGCUCCAAACCGGAAGAGCAUUAUAUGACUUUCCUCGCGCCUUAUGGCGAUUGGAAAACCGACGGGACAUUCAUUGUUAUCAACCAGUGGAACUGCUACGAUUUGUUUAUGUUUACGUUGGACAGCAAAUGCGAGCGUUUGUAUAAGGCGUUAAUGGAAUCAAAGCGCAUCGACUGGAACAACAUGGUGCAAUUCUACGCCGUACACAGGGAACACUGUGAUAUAAUUUAUCGCGUUAUUAGGGAGAAAGAGUUACCGAUCAAGUACGACACCAAAACUGAUUUGUGGUACAUACCACGAGAGCGGGCUCUGCAAUUUAACGUCGAUUGCCCCCCGGAUGUAUACUUGGGCCCAUUGAAACCACACCACGCUUCGAUCAUCAACUCAAUCUGGCCACACCGUUUCCCCGGCUCCGAAGGUUAUAUCGGGCAUUUCAUCAAAAUGAAUGGUGGGCGUGGGUUAUUCCUUAAGUCAAACGACAAAUUGGUUGCUUGGGUUUUAAAAAAUCAGUUGGGUACUUUGGUAGUUCUGCAAACAUUGGACGAAUACAAACGUAAAGGCUAUGGUAGUCUCGUGGUGCUCGCGUUGAGCAAGGAGAUCGCAGAAGAAGGCCACAACCCCAUCGGUACCGUAUUGCUAAACAACUACGCUUCACAAGGCAUGUUCAAGAAGCUAGGCUUUGAGGUGCUCGACUACAGUCGCUUCAUUGGUGUCGACGGCCGUAGCAAAUUCAACCAGCACCAGAACCAGAGCAAUGGCGUACAUCUACGCUGUCCGAUCUUGUAUUAAAAGGCAGUAAUUGAAGCAUUUAGAUUUGUUCGUCUAUAUGGAACGAAUUAACGAGAGCGCUCGACGGCCAUCGCGAUUAGGAUAUAUUUUUGGCAGUGUUUUUCCGAACUCGAAGCGGGAGUCACUUUUAGACAUAAACAUAGAUGUUAUGCGAUGGUCGGCCGGCUGUAUUUUAGUGUACUUAUUGUUCGAAGAAAUACUUGCCGGCUGUAGCAGCAGUGUCACUUUUGUGUAGCAGCCGCAACCGUUUGCAGUAUUUUUCUGAAUUAACAAGUAUUUAAAAUCAAUUGGGUAUAUAAAACCGUAAGUUUAGUUCGCGUUAAUGUAAUCUGCACGAUUUCAUCUUACAAUAUUUAGAAGUGAUACUUACGAUUUAUAACCCGAGAUGCAUUAGCGUUCCCUAAGUGUAGUCGCACCCUAUUGUCUUAAAUAUGGCGUUUUUGCCGCAUAGGGUGGCAACACAAACCUAAUUAAUACCAGUGUGGGUUCACUCGAGUUAAGAUAGUUACGUAACCGCAGUGAAUACAACUAGGAGUACUUGUGUGUCGAUUAUAUAGAACGUACAGAUGAGUAUUCAUUACGAAUUAUAUAAAUUAUUAAUUAGUAGCGGGUUUGCUCUAAAAAGUACAAACAUUGAUUACUAGGCUAAAACGAGUUUGCAAGAGUUGUAAUUUCUUUGCACUCUUGGUUUACUCUGAAUGGUGUUUAUUUUUUCUUGUUCAACUUUGAUUUUUGUGCAUUUUAUUGCAAUAUUAGUGCAAUUUUUUUGAUUUUUACAUUUUAGUACGUACGAAAAUAAAAUUACUAUGGGUGUGUGUUUGGUUAUAAGAUUGGUGGACUUAAUAUUUUACACUUAUUAGAUUUAACUGAAGAUGAGUUUGAUUGAUUUAUUCUAUUACAUAUAAUACAAUACACAUGCUGUGAACAUUUAGAAUAUCCGUUCUUAAAAAAAAACUUGUUAUGUAUCUCGUAUUAGCGUGUACUUCAACAUCCAAAUAAAUGGAUUAAUUGACUGAA